UAAACACUGUGGGAAAACACAAUCCGCACACGCCGGCGCAUGCGCCCCACACAACCACCCGAAAAGUCAGCCGCUGAAACGUUGGACUUACGAUGAACGGCGCAUUCUAUACGCGACUCUCGGGCGGAAAAUACGAGCACACGGCGUGCUUAUAGCGAAAGUUUCAAAGACGCGCAGAGAAAAAUAAAUAUUCAACACAUGUGUUUGUGUUAUACCAAAGGAUUAUAAAUUAUAAAUGAUAAAAUAAACAAAGUGUUAAAAUAUGUGAAUAAAAUGAUUAGAAAUAAAUUGUUAAAUAGUGUUAUAAAGUGUUUUAAGUAAUUUUGAAGUGAUAAUGAUGGGAAAAACUUUACCGAUUUUUAUUUAUCAAUUAUUAUUAAUUAAAUUACUACAUGCUGCGUUUCUAUCAUCCGCAACAACUUCCGGUUUGAAGUGGGUGCGCGUCAAUUUACCACAGUAUCGCAAACCGGGUGAAACAGCACAAUUACAAUGCGAUUACGACCUGGGCAAUGAUACUCUCUACGCUGUCAAGUGGUACAAAGACAACGAGGAGUUCUAUCGGUAUGUGGCCAAAGAACGACCACCGGCGAGUAGUCAUAAUGUUGAAGGAGUUUCAGUAGACGUGAGUCUGUCAGACAGCAAACGCGUAAUUCUUCGAGGGGUGACUUUGCGCAGUGGAGGAUUAUACAUGUGUGAAGUGUCUGCUGAAGCACCAUCCUUCGCCUCGGCGAAAAGCGAAGCACGCAUGGAAGUAAUAUGUCUUCCCACCGAAGACCCAACGAUAACAGGCGUCGAGUCACAGUAUCAAAUCGGCGGCGAGAUAAACCUGAAUUGUACAUCCGGGGAAAGCUACCCCGCAUCUUUACUGCAUUGGUACAUUAACGAGCACCAGGUGACCAGCAACAAAGCAUUGAUAAGAUACCCAACGGUGGAGCGCAGUGAGCACGGACUACGUACCGCCGUGCUGGGGCUGCGUUUCGCCCUCAACUCGCGGCACUUCCUCGGGGGUUCAAUGCGUGUGAAAUGCGUGGCGUCAUUAUCGCCGUUAUUGUGGUCAGAUGAUCGGUCAUCAGUCGUUCAGAAUCUGCCGAUAAAGGAUCAUCAACAGGAACUUCUAGGUGAAUGGAGUACGUUAAUGCUUGUGAAAAGCAGAGGACAAACGAUUCAAUCUCAUCUCUGUUUAGUGAUUUUGUUUGUUUCGACGCUGAAUAUAAUUCUGCAAUAAUCCGUUUCAUCCCAUACACACAAAUCUGUACAUUGUUUAUCAUAUCUACUAAUUGCUAAAGUAUCGAAUUAAUCAACAUGCAAUCGAAAUACAUAUAUUUUCCUAAAAUACUUGAAUGUAAUUUAAAAAGUUGCAACAAAUGUAUAUAAUACUAUCAAACUGUUAUUUGAUUUCCCAUUCGUUUUGUGUAUAAUUACCAUUUGAUUAUACUUUUUAUAUAUCAUGUACUUAACAUUAAAAUAAUAUUAUUACUGCAUAGUAAAAAUAAAAAUUUUAAACGAAAA